GAAUUAUUGAUGAGUUAGUUCAUUGACAAAGAAACAUUUACUGUGUUAUAUUAAAUCUAUUAGAAUUUUGUAAUGUCAAAAAUUAAUACAUGAUUUUAAUUAUGGAUAUUCACAAACUAAACAUUAUUAUCAUAUGGAUGCUAAUUUUUUCAGGAGUCCAUUGUUCAGUUAAUAUUGAGACUGUUGAUGAUGAAGUAGAUAUCAAAAAAACUGAUCAUGGAUAUGCACUGACCAUGGAAGAAAAUAACCACAAAUUUUCCAAUAAAAAAGCAUUAUUUAAAAUAACGGAAAGUGACUGUACUCACAUCACCCUAAAUUUUUUUUCGUCUAACUCUUUUACUUAUAAUAUUGACGAUUGUAUUCUUUAUUCGCUACAAGCUUUUGAUUAUGAAGUCCCAACUCAACGAAGUUAUUCCAUGCUUAUUAUUGAUGGUACCACAACAGAAACCCAAGUUAAAAUAUACAUUACAAAUAUCGAUGAUGAAGUACCAAUUCUACAUUGCCCAAACUGUAUACUUGAUGAAAACACAAUGUAUGAUAAGGAUAAUACUCCCUGUUUUUACACUUUGGAAGAUCCCGAUGGAUUUUUAUCUUUUAUGACAAUCACUGUCAAUAAUGAAUUGGACAAAACCUUUGAGGUCAUAACAAAUCAAGAUCUACCUAAUGAAACGUACAGUACAGAAGAACCCUUGAUUAAUCUCAUAACUUUGAAUUAUAAAACAACGGAUUUUUAUUCUUUCAGCGUAACAGUUAUUGAUUCAGGCAAUAAUAAUGCGACUGUAAAUGCUAUUAUCAAUGUCAAUGACAUAAGGAACACAAAUCCCAGAUGGACUAAAAUUAUCAAUUUUGCCGAAUUCCCGGAAAAAUCAGUUCAGGAAUUUGAUGUAAAAGCAAUAGAUGGUGACACAGGCAUUAAUAGUUCAAUCUGUUAUGAAAUUACUGGCCAAGACGACUUAAAACAACAUUCAGAUUAUGACAUCAAAAUAGACAAAAAUACCGGUCAUAUAAUUGUAAAAAAUAUAGAUAGAGAUAAAUAUGAUAUAAACGUGAUUGAAGUAAAUAUUACUGCUUGUGUUUGUGACGAAACGGAUUGGUGUACACCUCAGAAAUUAAAUUAUUAUAUUGAAGAUAUCGAUGACCAUUCUCCAAUAAUUGUGAAAAAUACAUAUUUGGAUGGAACAGACCAAGAGUUUAAUGACAAUGAACCAAAAAUUGUUAAUAUUGAAUUUUUGGAAAAUUUUUCUGGAAGUUUCAAUUUUUCCUCACUUAUACAAGAUAUUGAUACGGGAGAAAAUGCACAAUUUGAGGUGCAACUGGUUCCAGAAGGUGAUUUUGAUUAUACUGUGGCGUACAUAAUUGUGCCAACAGCCGGCUACAAAUUCGGAAACUUUAAAAUAAGUGUUUCAGAUAAAACCUAUUUAGAUUAUGAAAAUCCUACAUGGAUAAAUAAUUAUUUCCACGUAAGUAUCUAG